UGUUCCCGUGACAACCCCAUGAACUUCAUUCAGUGCACAUCAGCAGCAGGAGCAGCCAGAUAAUAAUAAUAAUUCAUUAAAUUUGUAUAGCGCUUUUCAAAAGUCCAAAGACGCUUGACAGAUGUCAAGUGAGUGACCUUGCGUUGCCCUUUGACUGAGAUGGGCAAAUCCAAGUGGUGCUGCUGCCUGGCGAGCACGCUGCUAUGCAUAGUGGCACUCGUGUGCGUGUGCGUGGCCACUCUGAUGUUCACGUCGUGCUCGGGCGGAUUCCGGCACGCUGCCGUGGCCGCAGACUCGCUGCUUUGCUCUCAGGUUGGCAAGAACAUGCUGCAGCAGGGCGGCUCGGCAGUGGACGGCGCCAUCGCGGCCCUCCUGUGCACCGCCGUGGUCUACCCUCAGAGUAUGGGACUCGGUGGAGGCUCUGUAGUAACAGUUAGAAAUAAAACAGGUAAGGUGACGGUGUACAACUUCCGAGAGACUGUCCCACGCAAUUUUAAAAGCAACCUGUUGGAUGACUGCACUGGCUCAAAAAAUAUGGCAGGUAGUCAGUGGAUUGGAGUUCCCGGUGAGCUCCGGGGCUACGAGGCCCUUCACAAGCGCUAUGGCAAGCUGCCGUGGUCCAAGCUCUUCGAGGAGCCCGUAAGAUUGGCCAGAGAGGGCCUCCAGGUGCCUCCUCACCUGGGGAAGAUUCUUGCCAUACCCAAUGUGAAAAGAAGAAUAGAACAAUCAUCCCUCUGUGAAGUUUUUUGCAACAACAACAAGAGUGUUCUUGAGACAGGAGACGUAAUCAAGUUUCCUCAACUUGCUGAGAGCAUGGAGACAAUUGCCAAGAAAGGAGCGGAUGUUUUCUACAUUGGCGAGAUGGCCUUGGAUUUAAUUCACGACGUCAAAGCCGCAGGUGGGACAUUAGAAAUGGAGGAUCUGAGGUCUUACCAGACAAGGGUGGUGGACCCGUGGACAGUUCCUCUGGGGGACAUGCUGAUGCACAUCCCUCCACCGCCUGCUGGGGGCGCCCUGCUUGCCUUUAUCCUCAAGAUCAUGCAAGGGUUCUCCAUGACACCACAUUCCCUGGAAGGGGAAGGAAAAAUUCAGUUUUACCACCAUUAUAUAGAGGCCGUCAAAUUUGCCAAUGGCCAGCGAAGGAGCAUUCGUGAUCCUUUUUUCAACAGUGAGAAGAGUGCAGAGCAUCUGAUAGAUCCCGACUUUAUCGAUCAUAUCAGGACAAUGAUUUCUUCCAGCGGCACUCACCCGCCGUCGUAUUACUCCAACGUCAAGCCGCCGCCCGAUCACACGGGAACGUCGCAAGUAUCCGUGCUGGAUGAAGACGGACUGGCCGUCUCUGCCACCAGCACCAUCAACCAUCUAUUCGGAGGAGGCGUUUACUCCCCACGUACGGGGAUCAUCCUUAAUAAUGAGCUGGCUGACUUCUGCGGGAAAGUAGACACACUGAAGCCUGGUGAGCAGCCUCCCUCCUCAAUGACACCAGCAAUACUAGAGUCCAAAUCUGGGGGGCUUCUUGUGAUUGGUGGAGCAGGGGGAAGCAUGAUCACCGGUGCAGUGGCCUUGUCUGUAAUAAAUCACCUGUGGCUAGGAAUGAGUCUAAAAGAAGCGAUCGACGCUCCCAUUGUAUUUGUGGAUUCCAAGAAUAAUGUCAAUUUUCCGCCCACUUUUGACCAGUCUGUAAUCGACGGCCUCAAAGCUCUCGGGCAUCAAGUUGGACAAAUGCAGUAUUUUUUUAACAUUGUGAAUGGUGUGGAUAAGGAGAAAGGAUGCAUUAUGGCCGAAUCGGACGCAAGGAAGAACGGGAUGGCAGAUGGAUACUGACUUGAACACGAUUUACAAUUUGCCUUAAAGACUGUCUUCUAUUAUGGUCAAUGAUCAGGUGAACUUUUUUGGGACUUUGUAGAAGAAUGUUUGUGUAUGUUCUAUUAUCUAUUUUUCAUGAUGCCUUUUUAAUAUAUAUUUUUUUAUUUACUAGCAGUGGAAUACAUUGAAUUUAUUUUUGAACAACCAAUUAACACAUGAUUUGUUCAUUGUAAAUGAUAAAACAGUUAUUAUACAAAUGGUCAUUUGAUUAAUUCAGCAUUUAUUUCUGUCAGCAUUUUCACCUUUGGAGUGGAAAGAUGAAAUUAUAUAACCAUUAAUUGACAUUUUUAUGGAGUAGAGAAAUUAUGUUCAGCUACCUUCUAGUUAGGUGAGCAGGGGCCACAUUUACCAAAAAUCACUUGCCCAUUUAGCAUCACGUAUUGCAGAAAAACAACAUAAAAAAUACAGUGAUAAGAAUUUGAACAUACCUCAUGAGUGUUGUCACCACAGGUGUCAAAGAUGUUGCACGGCGUUCUGCUUGUGCUGCAAGUCACACAAGCACAUUUACUGUUAACAAAUACAAAUGUGCCUCAAGAAAAUGUCUGAAAAUUGACCCACCGGAAAGAAAUCGUUUUUCUUUACUCUUAUUAUUAGUAUUACUUUUUUUUGGUUCAGGUCAGGGCCUGUGGUGUCCAUAUACAAUGCUACUCCACCAUUCCGGAAGCUAAAAAUAUGACGGUGUUACAGAAAAUGGAUGGAAGGAUGGAAAACCAGCCUUCUUUUAUAAACUUUAACAAGAUAAAUGAACUCAAACCCCCAAAAAGGCUCAGAACAAUGAAAAUGUAUCUAUUUUAAUUUUUAGCAGAUGAAUAUGUACACAUUUAAGUUCACCAUGUAGCUUCAGGCAGCGAGCAAAGCAAAUACUGACAUAGUAUUCUGUCAAGGCAAGUUCCAGCAUCAAUAAACAAACAAAAAAAAAAUAGUCACAAUUUUGUUCCACAUACAAUAUGAUGUCAUUGGUCCACAUGUAAUCAUUUUAUCUGGAAAAUAAAAACACUAGUGUUCUCUUAUAGGUCGAUAUAAGAAAUACAAUCAGCAGUUCUCAUCUUUGCACGAGGGGGUGAGGGGUAGCAGCCAAAAGGAAGAGAACUAAAAAAAAAAAAGAG